ACUCCCAAAUCAAUGUAUCUUUAUUGCUGCUUUAAGCUUUCUCUCCUCAAAUGGGCAGCAAUGAAAUAGAUCGUAAAUUUCGAUUCUUGACAGCAUACAAGGAUGGGCGGGUCGAAAUACACUACCCGACCCAAAAAAUCCCCCCAUCUAACGACCCAAAUACCGGGGUCCAAUCCAAAGAUGUUACAAUUUCAACCGAACCACCUGUAUCCGCCCGAAUUUACUUACCUAAAAUCCUUGACCCGACCAAAAAAGUCCCAGUCCUCUACUACAUUCAUGGUGGCGGCUUUUGCUUUGAGUCUGCCUUUUCACCACUUUUUCACAGCCAUUUAAUGGCAUUGGUUGCUGAAGCGAAUGUCAUUGCCGUGUCGCUUGAGUACGGGCUAUGGCCGGAGCGGCCCUUGCCCGGAAGUUAUGUGGAUGCUUGGGCGGGGCUCAAAUGGAUAGCAUCACAUGUCGAUGGAAAUGGGCCUGAGCCAUGGUUGAAUGACAAUGCGGACUUUAGUAGGUUUUUUAUGGGCGGGGAUAGUGGUGGGGCUAAUAUGUCCAAUUUCCUGGCAGUUCAGAUCGGGUCCUACGGGUUGCCUGGGGUGAGGUUUAUUGGAAUGAUCAUGGUGCACCCGUUUUUUGGUGGUAUGGAGGAUGACGAAAUGUGGAUGUUCAUGUAUCCAACAAACUGUGGGAAGCAAGACCCUAAGCUAAAGCCGCCGCCAGAGGAUUUGGCGAAGUUAGGGUGCGAGAAGGUGUUGGUGUUUCUUGCCGAGAAGGAUCAUCUAAGAGAAGUAGGUGGGAUCUUUUACGAGGACUUGAAAAGAAGUGGGUAUAAAGGGGCUUUGGAGGUUGUGGAACAUGAAGGUGUGGCGCAUGAGUUCCAUCUCUUUGAUCCUGCUCAUGACAAGUCUCUAAGUUUGGUCAAAAAGUUUGCUUCCUUUCUCAAUGAGGUGUAGGUCAAGCUUCUUCUUUUUUCUCUCUAGGGUGUGAGCAGAAUAUCCUCCUUUCGUUUCCCAGAGUGUUUUUUUUUUCCUGCCCUUCAUUGUCAUGGUCAAGACCUGAGGUCGGGGUGGGUCUUUGAAGUUUCGAUUAUAGCGAGCUCGACAAGUUUGUUCUAAAAUUAA